AUAGAAUAUAAUGUAUUUAAUCCAUCCCAUUAGUCAGGACUGCAGCAGCUUUUUGCGUUGAUCCACCGCCCCGGUGGGCAACCCAACAGAGGAAAUCAAACGCCUACGGAAGCCCGCACAUUCAAAACAUUCCGAUCAAAACAGGCAAAGGUUAAACCGCGGCGCGAUUACAUCAAUAUACACCUUUUUCGUCAUUCAUUCCCUUUAAUUAGGUUUUAACCAAUAUCAUUUUGAUGCUGAAUGAUGUUCUUUUGGUUUCACUUCAUCCGUAGAGCCUCUAACCCUCUCCUCCGUUUGUUAGUUAGUUUGGUUAACUAGCCGUUGAUGCUUUUCCGUGCGGAGUUUGGUUCGUGGCAGCGGUUCAACCAGUCAGACAGACUCCGCUCUGAGCUGCAGGCCUGUUUCUAAACUACCGGCUGAUUCAGGCCUCCACUGGCGGCUCACAGCUCGGACGAGAUGCCGCAGACCGGCGAGUUUCCAUGGACGGUGGUCGUCCUCACCUGCCAACACAAAGACAGUGUGUAUGCUUUUCAAAGAGAGCUGGAGCUACGGCAGCAACGCGGCAGUCUACCUGGGGCCGCGCUGCUAUUGACCGUUAGGGACCGGCAGGAGCCGCUGGGCAGCGGAGGGGCCACACUGAACGCUCUGCUGGUCGCAGCUGAACACCUGAGCAGCAGAGCCGGACACACUGUGGUGACAGCUGACGUCCUGGAUGAAGCUCACAUCCUCAUCCUCCACACAGGUCGGGAUUUUCCCUGGAGCUCCUGCAGCCGAGCUUUCUGCUGGCUGCCUGAAGAGAAGCGCGGGCAGAAGGUCCAGGCCCCGCUCUGUGUUCUGGAUCUGCUGCUGGACCGGCUCAGCACCCAGAUCUGUCCGGGUUCUCCUCCUGGAGUCUGGGUCUGCAGCACCGACAUGAUCCUCACCGUUCCAGCAGACUUUGUGUUGUCCUGGGAUGGAUUCUCAGGAGUUCGGGUUCUGGCACUACCAGGCGAUGUCUCAUACGCAGCCGAUCACGGAGUCUACCUGACCGACCCAAAGGGUCAGGUCCGGGACAUCAUCUACAAAGGAUCCAGGGAGCAGAUCCAGCAAGCCCUGAUGCCUGAUGGGAAGGUCCCGUUGGUUUCAGGUCCAGUCUUCUUCUGCCAAUCCGUCUCUGAGAAGCUGCUGCAGACUCACGUCACUCCUCCUCUGGACGGCUGCACCUACCUGGGCCUGGACUCUGGAGCUCCGCCCUUCCAGAUCUCGCUCUUCUUGGACCUGUUGAAGUGUCUCUGCUCAGAUCUGACCCACGAUCAGUUUGUUGGCCAGGACCGAGCUGGCUGCAGUUCCACAGCCGGCCCACAGGGAGCAGCAGUGAGGACAGGCAGAGCAGAGCUUUGGAGGAUCCUCAGAGGAGUUCCACUCUCACUGGUGUACGUCGCCGGCGGUCGCUAUGACUACAUGACUCUGUCCGGGAAGCAGCAUGUCCACCGUCUGACCUCUGAUUGGACGGUUAGAAACACUCUGUCUCACAUUCAGACGGAGAGCCUGCUCAGUGAGGGAGCUCGCAUCAUCAACAGCGUCCUGGAUGGAGAUGUUGCUGUGGCGACCGGGGCUGUUUUGCAACACUGCCACCUUCAGGGUCCUCUGGACGUCCCAUCAGGCUGUUUGCUCUCAGGUCUAGAAAUCUCGACGUCGACGUGCAUCAGGCGGCUCAAUCUUAGCAGUGACAUCAUCAUCCAGGGCCAUCGGAUCGAGCUGGGGGAGCUGAAGCUAACUGUGUACACGGUGACGGGCGCCAACGACGAUCUGCAGGUGUCCCUUGACGACAGCAGGGCCUCCUUCCUCAACCAGAGCUGGAAGGUUUUCCUCAGCUCCUCAGGAAUAGAGCCAGAGGAGCUGUGGGUGAGGGGCGAACAGCGCUCCCUGCUGGAGGCUCGGCUUUUUCCAGCCCUCCACCCCAGAGGAGGCGCUGUGGGUCUUGAGGGAGGUGUUGGCUGGCUGCUGGGGGGGCCAGGCUGCCUGCAGAGGUGGAGGGAGGCAUGGAGGCUCUCUCUGAGGGAGGUGCUGUCACUCACCCACCAGGAGGCGGAGCUUCAGUGGAGGGAGGAACUGCAGUUUCUGGCGGGGAGGAGGAGAGUGACGGACACCCUGCGGAGCCGCACCGACGUCUGUUUGCUGCCUUGCUUCAGGGCAGCAGUGCACGGGGGGCAGCAUGAGGCGCUGCUGGACACUCUGGACAGCAUUGCUGCUGGAAGCGUGGAUCAGGGGGAGGAGCCUGGAGCACAGCUGGGCGUGGCCGCCCGCUGUCUGUCCUGCAUCGCUGAUGUGCUGGUGUGCAUGGCAGGGGGGAAGGGGGGUCUUAGGAGCGGUCCAGCUGCUAAUGAAGCCUGGAGCCCAGCAUACUUCCUAUUGGAGGAGGGGGACCUGAGGGGAGGAGUUUAUGCUCUUGCUGCACAGCGGCAGCACUGGCUGAGCAGGCCCGACUUACUGGUGCGGGCGGCGCGGCACUAUGAGGGCGCCGGGCAGGUGCUGCUGCGGCAGGCUGUGAUGUCAUCACAGAAGUUCAUCUGUAUUGGGCAGGGGGAGGCCCCGCCUGUGGGGGAGUGGCAGGAAGUGGAGUGUCCAGCCAGACUGGACCUGGCAGGCGGCUGGAGCGACACGCCUCCCAUUGCCUUCGAGCACGGCGGAUCGGUGACCAACAUCGCAGUGAAGGUCGAUGGGAAACGGCCUAUCGGAGCCAGAGCCCGUCGCAUCCUGGAACCCCGCCUCCUGCUGGUAAGCUGCAGCGGCGGCGCUUCCACGGCGAUAGUCUGUGAGAGUCUGGACGAGCUGAGGGACUACUGCCAGCCUCACGCUCCAGGAGCUCUGCUAAAGGCCAUCUGCGUGUGCAGCGGCCUCGUAUCUCUGUCCUCGCAGCAUCCUCUGGAGCAUCAGCUGUUGCAGAGGUGGGGAGGCGGGGUGGAGCUGCACAGCUGGUCAGAGCUGCCAACCGGAUCCGGACUGGGGACCAGCAGCAUCCUGGCGGGGGCGCUACUGGCAGCCAUCUACAGGGCUACGGGCCGAACCUACGACACCGACUCCCUGAUCCACGCCGUCCUCUACCUGGAGCAGAUUCUCACCACAGGCGGCGGCUGGCAGGACCAGGUGGGAGGCUUGGUGGGCGGAGUCAAAGUGGGUCGCUCCAGAGCAUCCUUGCCCCUGCAGGUGGAGGUGGAGCGCCUGAGUCCUCCUCCUGAGUUCCUGGCCUCUCUGGAGCAGCACCUCCUGCUGGUUUACACCGGAAAGACUCGGCUGGCCCGAAACCUGCUGCAGGACGUGGUUCGCAGCUGGUACAGUCGUCUGCCUUCCAUGGUGCUGAACGCCCAGCAGCUGGUGUCUAACUCUGAGGAAUGUUCCAGAGCCUGUUCAGAGGGUUCUCUGUCCAGGCUGGGUAAGUGUCUGGACCGCUCAUGGCAGCAGAAGAAGCUGAUGGCUCCUGGAUGCGAGCCGGCAUCCGUCAGAACCAUGAUGGAGGCUCUGAGGCCCCUGGUCCUGGGUCAGAGCCUGGCGGGGGCCGGAGGAGGCGGCUUCCUGUACCUGCUGACCAAGGAGUCCCGACAGCAGGAGGCAGUUCUGCAGGUUCUCAGAAACACAGCGGGUCUGGGCGACUUCAGCGUUCACACAGUGCAGGUGGAUAUGGAGGGAAUCGCAGUCCGGACGCCAUCUUUGACAGUUUAGAGCUGUGAUUCAAUCUGACGGAACAAUGAAGAAUGAUGAUGAUUAAUAAUGAAUUGU